AACGCAGAGUGAAUUGAAUAAACUUGUUUGCUUGGUGAUUACAUGUGAGAGAUAUUCACUGUUCAGUUUUGCUGAUUGUGUGAUUGAAAGCUGAAUAGUACGGUCGAUGUAUCUGUUUAAAUUUAAGUAUAUCGUCAGCUGUCUAGUUUCGAAGUGAUCGCCGAUGCCUUAUUUUUGAUUGAAGCGAAUAUUCAAGUGACGCGAAUUUGGUAACAAAAUAGAGUGGUUAAUUGGUUCGUUGAUUUGCUUUAAAUUACUGGUAUUUAAAAGUACCUAUAAGAGUGCAUUGAAUCUAUCUUCAAAUAGGAGUGUUGUUCGAGAAACGUUGAAUUAUUGUGCAAAAAUGAAUGCAUCGUGCACCAUUUGUCAAGAAAAUGAAUGUCGUGGGCAUGUUUAUUACCACCACUCUAGUUUCCAAUCGAUGGAAAGGAAUCCGAAUACCUACCAAGAAUUGGAGAAUCGCCUGCAACAUCUUACGAACGUCGAAUUGAAUUUGAAAAAAGAAUUGGCUUCAAAAAAUAUAACUUUGCAAGAACUCCAACAAAGGAGUACGAGUAUGCAAUCAAAAUUUGAAGAAAUGAGGAGCAAAACGGUUGAAUUGGAAGAUCAUGUAAAAGAGCUUAAAAUAAUCGAAUCUAAUCUCAUGUCAGAAUGGCACUUUAUCAAAAAACAGUGCAGCGAUAAGACGGUAAACAAUGAUGAUAUUGUUGAAGAAAAAAACGAAGAAUUGGAGUCGAGCAAAACGGUUGAAUUGGAAGAUCAUGUAGAAAGGCUUCAAAAUAUCGAAUCUAAUCUCAUGUCAGAGUUACACGUUAUCGAAAAACAGUACAAUAAAGUAGAAAACAGUCGUGAUAUUGUUCAACAAGAAAACGAAAAACUGAAGCAGGAGAAUGAAACUUUGAAGCAACAGAUUACUCGAUUAACAACUGAUUUGGCAAGUACAAAAAAGACUUCUGAGCAGGAGAACGAAACGUUGAAGCAAGAGAUUACUCGAUUGACAACCGAUUUGGCAAAUGCAAAAAAAACUUCGGAGCAGGAGAAUGAAUACGUUGAAUCAAGAGGUUACUCGAUUGACGACCUAUUACGCAAAUACCAAAAAGGCUUAUGGCCAGAAGAACGAAACGUUGAAGCAAGAGAUUACUCGACUGACAACCAAUUUGGCAGAAAAGGUUUCUGGCCAGGAGAACGAAACCUUGAAGUAAAAGAUUACUCCCCGAUGAACUACCAAUUUGGCAAUAAAGGCUUCUGGACAGGAGAACGAAACGUUGAAGCAAAAGAUUACCCCCCGAUGAACUACCAAUUUGGCAAAAGAGGCUUCUGGCCAGGAGAACGAAACGUUGAAGCAAGAGAUUAUCCCCCGAUGAACUACCAAUUUGGCAAUAAAAGCUUAUGGACAGGAGAACGAAACGUUGAAGCAAAAGAUUACUGCCCGAUGAACUAUCCAUUUAACAAAAAAAGCAUCUGGACAGGAGAACAAAACGUUGAAGCGAGAGGUUACUCGUGGAUUAAUAACCGAUUUGACACAUACCUACCAAAAAAAAACUUGUGGGGAAAUAAAUGAAACGUUGAAGCAAGAGAAUAGACAGUUCCCAAUGAUUAUUAGGAUAUAAUUUGUCGGUGAAGUAUUUUAAAAUUAAAAUGUAGGCACAUAUCUCAACUAUUUUGUACCUGUUUGUUCAAUAUUUUGAUUUUUAAUUGACGCAAUUACCUAUUUUUCAAGUGCUCUAUUUUCCAAUUUUUUUUGUGAUUAAUGUGUUUUUUAAAAUAAUUUUAUACGAAUAUUCGUCAUUAAUAAAACGUAUAAUGUA